CAACCAUACACCCCACUUGUACUAAAGUCCUUGAAACCAUUUCUCUUCCACCGUUAAUCCUUUGCAUAGACAUUGAAAAUGUUGUUGCUCAAGUUUUUAGUCAUCUCAUUCACAGUUCAAACCCUAAUUAUCCAAACCUGUCUUGCCCAAAACACCCCACAAGACUUUGUCAAUGCACACAACGCCGUCCGGGCUCAAGUUGGGGUCGGUCCGAUCACUUGGAAUGACACCGUAGCGGGAUACGCGAAACAUUAUGCGAAUCAAAAGAUAAUAAAUUGCGAGAUGGAGCAUUCCUACGGGCCUUACGGAGAGAACCUCGCGGAGGGUUACGGAAGGCUUGAUGGUGUUGAUGCUGUAAAAAUGUGGGUUAGUGAGAAGCCUAACUAUGACUAUCGUUCUAAUUCAUGUGUCGGUGAUGAGUGCCUGCAUUACACUCAGGUUGUGUGGCGCAAUUCGGUUCAUUUGGGGUGUGCUAGGGUUCAGUGCAGGAAUGGUUGGUGGUUUGUCACUUGUAACUAUGAUCCUGUGGGGAAUAUUGAGGGUGAAAGACCUUAUUGAGUGUUAAAUGAAUAUGGUUUUUUUCGUUAAUGAUAUUAAUAUAUUAUAAUAUUGUGGAA